AUGAGGACGGUAUUUUGCCUUAUUGCUCUGGUGUUUAUGUGUAAUGGUAUUAGCGGCUUGCUGCUGCCGGGAUUACGGUACGCCUCAAGAGAUGCGCCGUUGUCGUGGUUCUCGAGAGUUCGACGACAGCCACUUCUCACACAUCGUGUCAUAGAUAUAAAUCAGGAUUGUUUCAUGGUUACGUCUGAAGAGGGGGAGUUAUUCUUCAAGUCACCGACCGAUGACCCAGUGGUGUGCGGUAUCUACAUGAUAGCUGAGCCCGAUAAACGAAUCCAGGUCACCUUCAACUACCUCGACGUGCCCUGCGAUAAUGGGGGACUUGUAGCGUGGAUAGAUGGAUGGGAGUUAAACGGCCAAGUGUGGCCGGCGGAUUCCUGGGAUGAUGAUAGAAUGAUAGAGUCUUGUGACCGAAGACCGCAGCGUAAGCUUGUUUCGCGUCAAAAUGCGGCUCUCAUACAAUACCGAGUUCCAGCUCGGGGAAAGGGCUUCGCUGUCACAAUACGACAUCUGAAGAACACACGACCUUGCAAUCUAAUGUUGUUCGGCGCUGAAGGCGUCUACACGCUACGCAACCACGGCGAGGCCGGAAACUGUUCUAUCAUAGCAAUAUCUCCCACAACAGUUCGUGUACUGGACUUGAAUGUUGGCCAGACGCUAAAAAGAGACACGCUACUAGAAAUGGAGACCGGGACUAUUCACCGUUGCACAAAGCGUGGCCUACCGGAUUACGUGGACAUUGGAGGCGCAAGCGGCCUUGACCACACCCGAAUGGAAGUUUUCGACAGCUUGUGCGGCUUAGAUUCUAUUGAAGGUCAUCGUCCAAUCUCUAUUGCCUGUGAGGACACUGUGGUUCGACUAGUCUCUGCUGGACGAUACCAAAACUCUGUAACCCUAGCCUUUUCUCCAUUGCCCAUGGAACACAUAGAACAUGCUGACUUAAUAUGUGGAUUAAAUGAUAUUUAA